GUCUUCUUCUUCUCUCUCUCUCUCUCUCUUUCUCAUUCUUAUUCAUCAUCAUCACCCUCUGAUCUUCUUUAUUUAACCCUACUCUCUUUCUCUUUUCCCAUCCUCUCUCUUACUAUCUCUGACUCUUGGGAUCCGAUCUCUUUCCGGUGGCUAUCCCCGAUGAUAACUGUCAAAUCUUUUCCAUUUGCAUAACUUCUCCUUUUAGGGUUUUCUCUCUCUCUCUCUCUCUAGCUCUGAGGACUUUAUAGUGUAUUUCAUGAAGGGUUCGAUCUUUCCAAGUACAAGAGGAAGAUCCAAGUAAGCGCAGUCACAUACAAUAACUCAAAUCCUGAGCUUUUUUGAAGGGCUUUGAGUUAAAUCAACCUGUUUUUGAGUUUUGUUUUUGAGGGCGGCUAAUUUCAAUACGUACGGAAAAAUAAAGAUUUAAAGGAUGAAUUCAUUUACUCAAGUACCACCUGGCUUCAGAUUUCAUCCAACUGAUGAAGAACUUGUAGACUACUACCUAAGGAAAAAAGUUGCAUCAAAGAGGAUAGAAAUCGAUUUCAUCAAGGACGUUGAUCUUUACAAGAUUGAGCCAUGGGAUCUUCAAGAGUUAUGCAAGAUAGGAAACGAAGAGCAAAGCGAAUGGUACUUCUUUAGCCAUAAGGACAAGAAAUAUCCCACGGGAACCCGAACCAAUAGAGCGACGAAAGCAGGAUUCUGGAAAGCCACCGGAAGAGACAAGGCUAUAUAUAUAAGACAUAGUCUUAUUGGUAUGAGGAAAACACUAGUAUUUUACAAAGGAAGAGCCCCAAAUGGACAAAAAUCUGAUUGGAUCAUGCACGAAUAUCGCUUAGAAACAAAUGAAAAUGGAAUCCCUCAGGAAGAAGGAUGGGUGGUAUGUAGGGUGUUCAAGAAGAAAUUGGCGGCAACAGAGAGGAAAAUGGGAGAUUACAAUUCAUCGCCAUCGCAAUGGUACGAGGAUCGGCUCUCUUUCAUCGCCUCCGAGCUCGAUUCCAGUUCUCCACAACAGUUUAUUCCCAAUCAUCAUUAUAACCGCCACCAUCAUCAUCACCAGCUGACAUUGCCUUGUGGCCUCAAUGCGUCUUCAGCUUAUGCAUUCAAUAACAACAGCAACAACCCUAACUUGCAAUGCAAGCAAGAGCUUGAGUUACAUUACAAUCACAUGGUACAACAUCAACAACAAAACCAUCAUCUUCGAGAAUCUGUGUUCCUCCAGCUUCCUCAGCUCGAAAGCCCUAGUAGUAAUUGCAACUCUCUACCUUAUGGAUCAGACAACAACAAUAAAAAAACAAGAGAUAUUGGGAACUUGCAACAAUCAUCAAAUCUCUCUCAUGAGGAACAACUGCAUCAAGGGAAUCAAAGUUUCAGCUCUCUUUAUUACGAUCAAGGAGUAGAACAAGUGACUACUGAUUGGAGAGUUCUCGAUAAAUUCGUUGCUUCACAGCUUAGCAAUGAAGAGGCUGCAGCUGCUGCUUCUUCUCAUCAAAACGACAUCAAUAUCGACACGAGAAACACUGCUUAUGAUCAAGUGAUAGCGAAUGAUUCUGAAAGAGUUGUUGAAAUGGGAGAAGAGUAUACAAAUGCUCAUGCUGCUUCUACUUCGUCGAGUUGUCAGAUUGAUCUCUGGAAAUAG